UUGGUAUUCUGCCAUGAUCGGUGUCAGCUGGACGCGAUCCGGACGGUGCGUCAACGUCGCUAUAAAGCUCGGCCGCGCGCGGCGCCUUCCUCUCAUUGCUCUCGCAGAGUGUGGUGGGUUGUCUCCUUCUCUCCAUCCGGUACGCUUGGUUCGUGUGAGGUUCCCGCGGGAAUGGCAGAGUCGGACGGUGCCGAGUACCGCUGCUUCGUCGGCAGCCUGUCCUGGAACACCGACGACCGCGGCCUCGAGGCUGCUUUCAGCCCCUUCGGCGAGAUCCUCGACGCCAAGAUCAUCAACGAUCGCGAGACGGGGAGGUCCCGCGGCUUCGGGUUCGUCAGCUUCUCCAGCGAGCAGGCGAUGCAGGACGCCAUCGAGGGGAUGAACGGUAAGGAGCUCGACGGCCGCAGCAUCGUUGUCAACGAGGCCCAGUCCCGCGGGUACGGCGGCGGGGGUGGCGGCGGAGGUGGUGGCAGGUACGGCGGUGGUGGCGGGUAUGGCCAGCGCCGCGACGAUGGCUACGGGGAUGACGGCUACGGCGGUGGCCGGGGUUACGGAGGCGGACGCUAUGGCGGUGGCAGGGGGUACGGCGGGCGGCGUGACGGCGGCUACGGCCGCGGAGGCAACUCCGACGGAUACUGAAGGAGCUGAGGGGACGGCCCCACGCGGCCAGUCAUCUUGCGAGUUCGCCGUCGUGAUCCCGAGUUAUCUUGUCUCUUGUGUUAUGUGGUUUCCCAUUUGUGUUUUUGAUCGCAAGCUCGUCGGUGGUUGGCUGUUAUGGAAAAAUUAGUUAGCUGUCCCGGUGAAGAAACUCGAUCAGGCAGUGGAGUCAGUAUCGUGCUAUCUUGUUACACUUUUGACGCAAUCCCAAUGUGGGGAUGUGAUGCUAAUGUUAAACUCUGUUACCAAAAAAAUAAAAAAAUCUAUCUCGGCUUUUCCAAA